CGUGGGAGGUGUCUUGUGAUUUUUUUCUGCAGAUUGCAUACAGAUGCAAUGGUUUUAUGAACAGGAAAGCAUAAAGAUGUUUAAAUGUUAGUCAGCUCUGGAUAGGAGCAGUUCUUAUGCGCUCUAGGAAUUCUCCGACAGGGAUUUUUACUCCGAGUUACUAUUCUAUUGUCCGCAAUCAGCUGUUGGGAUUGUCCUUUGGGUUUCACCAGGACAUCACGUGGAGUUCAAUCAGCUCACAUGACAGCCUGCGUUAUGGAGGUGGUGAUCAAUGAAGGUUCUGUACCUCCCUAUUACAGGGAGGUGUAUGAGGCUAUCCGCUGUAAGCAGGAGGAUCAUGUGCAAACUGAUGUGUUUCAGAGGUUGCUGAGGAAGACAGACCUGCCAGUCGCCGUACAGAAUCAGAUUGCAGAACAUUUGGACUGUAAGGAGGGUUUCCUGUCCAAGCUGACACUGUACAAAGCCUUGGCCCUGAUUGCUUUGGCUCAGAAAGGGAAGCACCCGAGUCCCAAACUCCUGGAAAACUUCACCCAAGAGUUUCCAAAGCCCAGUCUGGGAGAUCUACAAGCACUUCGAAUGCAGCCGGCCUCCGGAAACCCUCUCCUCCUGUCACAGACCCUGGCAGAGCUGCUGGAUAUCGACACUGUGCAGGUGGAGCUCAUUCCUGAGAAGAAAGGGCUUUUUCUCAAGCACGUGGAAUAUGAGAUCACCAGUCAGCGUUUCCAAGCCUCGGUUUACCGCAGAUACAGUGAUUUUGAUGUGUUUCAUGAGCUUCUGCUACAGAGGUUUGCCUACAGAAUGGUGCCAGCACUCCCACCCAAAAGGAUGCUAAAGGGAGUCUUGACAUCUACGACUGACCGGGAGUUUAUUGAGGGUCGGAGGAGAGCUCUUGGGCGUUUCAUUAACCUGGUGGCACGACACCCUUUCUUCUCAGAGGAUGGACUCAUAAAAAUCUUCUUGACUUUCAGUGGUUCAGAUGUACAAAACAAACUGCGUGAGUCAUUCAAGACAGCUGGGGAUGAAUUCAUGACAUGUAAAAUAGCAACACAGGCCAAGGAAUACCUUCCAGGUGAUAUCCAAGCCAAGUUUUCUUCCAGCAGGGAGAUGAUCCGAAACAUCUUCAACAGCUUCCAGAAGCUGCGGGACCGGGCGGAGAGGAUGGCUGUGCGUUCAGUGGAGACCGCCACGGAUCUGCUGAUGUUUGGGAGGGAACUGAGUUCCCUGGGCUCGGACACCAUGCCAGUGCUGUCCUGGGCUUCCACAAACAACAACACUUGGGGCACCAUGAGGCAGUCUCUGAAAGGGCUCUCGGUGGAGUUUGCUCUACUGGCUGACAAAGCAGCACAACAGGGUAAAAGAGAGGAAGAAGACGUAGUGGAAAAACUGAAUCUCUUCCUGGAUUUAUUACAGUCAUAUAAAGAUUUAUGUGAACGGCAUGAGAAAGGCGUUCUGCAUGAUCACCAGCGUGCGCUCCAGAAAUACAGUGUGAUAAAGAGGCAGAUGAUGAGCGCCACUGUGCAGAGCAAGGAGCAGGUGUCUGUGGACCAGCUGGAGUCCCGUAUUGUACAGCAAGAGAAUGCAAUUGUGACAAUGGAGCUUCGGAACUAUUUCUCCCUAUUCUGCCUUCACCAGGAGACCCAGUUGAUAUGUACUUAUCUUCAGAUCACUGCCCAUAUCCUGGGAGCCUUUGUCAACUCCCAGAUACAGGGGCACAGGGAGAUGAGUGUAGUUUGGAAUGACCUACAGCCUAAGCUGGGCUGCUUGUUUGGGGCACCAAAUGGAAUGCCAUCUCCCCCACUGACACCCCAGCAGGGCAACUGGAAGCCUCCCAACGCCUUCUUCCCAAAUUAACUGGUGAAGAAGGAGACACUGCACCCAUCAACAUCACUGUUUCCAGCAAAGAUUGCUUGGAAUACAGUGAGCCUCAAUAAUGCAACCAAGAAGAUACUGUUCUUAUAAGGACCGGCACUAAGGAAACAGCAUAGGGGUCAAGUCUUGUAUCUAAAAUUGUACCCAAUAUUGUUGUUCUUAUAAAAUGUUAGUAUUAAUGGGAACACUCCUCCUAUUUGGAUAAACACAGCCUGGCAGUAAUCUGUUGCACCUAAACUCUUGCAAUCUGACUGUGUUGGUAAAGCUUGGUGAUUUUGUUGGGGACUUCCCGUGCCUUUGAAAUAUAAGUGUUUAGGAAUUUUUUUUUUUUUCAUUUGGCUUGCACAUGUUUGGUAUAUUUUAAGACCAGCAGGUGGUAGUGUUUUGCUGAAAAUGUCUUUUUUUACAAAGGUUGCAAAGAGGAUCGAUGAACCAUACUAAAUUUGGUUGGUCUUGGAAGCACAGUUCAGUAAAUAUAUAUUUUUUCUUGAAUCAGUUUACAUUUGGCAUAUCUUGAGAAAUGUUAACCCUAUUUCAAAAUGGAUUUUCAGUAUUUUUAUAUUCUUAUUUACAAAUCAAAAUUACUAUGUCUUAGUUUACAAUUGAAUACUAACAUACAUACUUAAAAUGUUGUACUUAUAAGCCAAGAUUAGACAAGCAUACACUUGUACUAUAUUUUAUUUUCUUUGGGUUGCUGACAAACUAAGAUUUACACUAAUAACAUCACAGAAUUAAGUAUUGUGAAUACUAUAUCAGUACAAAGAUAUGUAUUCUUCCGAUUAUGAUUCAUAACUCUGUUAAUAAUGACACUAAAGGGAUUUUGUUGUUUGUUAUUGUUAUUAAAACACUCCUAGUUUUCAUAUUUUUGCCAGUGUAGAUUGUUCUAUGUGAGAACUGUGAAGAGCUGCAUUUGAUGCAAGACAUUUGAGCCUAGUGUUCAAGGAAUUGUAUGUUUUGCUGUUUAAUAAAAGGUACUGUUGUAUAGAAGCCAUACAGAAAAUGUUUAAGUAAAAUAUAAGUAUUUUGUUAUACAGUGAAACAGGUGGUGAGUUUUGGGAACAAGGAUUAUCCUGCUAUAAAAGUAAAAAUGCUCAGUUAUUUUGUGAACAUUAAUCCCUUUUGGGGUAGCAUGCUAGCUGAAUGCCAAAGAUAGAAAUGUGAAUACAUUAAUCCUAAUAUUUAGAGAUUUAAAAUAACUAUGGGUCUGAUUUAUCAAAGAAGCUGAAACAGAGCUGAGGUCUACACUUUACAAAUUGUUUUGCAUAAAGAAUUAACUCAGUGAUGCAUUUAGAUUGUUCAGUUCUUGGUGCCUUGACGAUUCACCAGGAAUGUGUCAGUUUGAAACUGAACACAUACACAAAGAGAUUCAGUAAUAACUUUGUAUUAAAAAGCCAUAUUCCUCCAGUCAUUAGUUGGGUAUUGACCAAUGCUAAUUCCUGUAUGGGGGGGAAAGAAGUUAUAAAAGACAUGUGUAAUUUUCUCUAGAUCUAAUCUAGCCAGAAAAGGCCUUAUGUAGCCUAUAACAGAAUACAAGUUUAGAGUUGGUACCAGCAUACUAGCUGCUGUUAUACAGUGUUUAACAUUUGCUUUUGUUAUUCAAUUUAACAUGCUGUAAUGAAAAGAUGUAUUUUAGAAGGUCAUCUGACCACCUUACAGUUUAGGAGAAAAGUCUGUCUUUCAUUACUUAGAAUUACAAUUUUAAGUGCAUUCCUAAUCCAUACAAGAGGAAUAUAAAAUGAGCGUAUCAUUGUUUUUGGUUUUUUUUACCAUGUAAAUAGCUUACGUUUGAGCAUAUGCUGUAUAAUGCACACUGACAUAAUUGUCAGAAAUUAGUGUAAAAAAUGUAAAAUGUAAACUUAUGUCACUUAUAAAGGUAGUUAUGCAAGGAAAUAUAGUACUCUAUUUAAUGUUAUUCUCUUUCAAUUGCUUCACCCAAUGUAUGUACAGUAUUACACAGUAUGUAAUAACAAAUAUAUGUUCUGCCUUAAGAGACAUGGAGAUGGAUGUGUUGCUUUUUGCUUGAUUUUAUAUAUAUAUAUAUAUAUAUAUAUAUAUAUAUAUAUAUAUAUAUAUAUAUAUAUAUAUAUAUAUAUAUAUAAAUCCUGUUAAAACCAAGCUAGUGGUAUUACUGGAAUUACUCCAAAACUAUAACACCCCCCAGAAUGCAUGCAUACGUUUGUAAAUCACUGUAUAUUAUUUUACCAUUUCCAGCAAUAAUCAUGUAGAUUUGAGUAAAUUGUAAAUCUAGAAUGUUGUAAAAGGAAGUCAAUAUGAAAUGUUUGGAUCUUUAUUUAGAUGCAUUUGUCAAGUGAUUGGCUUGUACUUAAUGUCUGUCAGUGCAAAAAAUAACACUUUGUGGAAAUGAACAACUAAUGAAUUAAAAGCUGAAAUGUGUUUUUAAAUGUGUACAAAUUGAGAUUAUAUAUAUAUAUAUAUAUAUAUAUAUAUAUAUAUAUAUAUACACCCACCCACAAAUGUUCUAUAAAUAUGUAAUUUUCUAAAUGUUCUAAGUACUAAAUGUUUCUAAGUAUAUUGUGACUUAAAGAACAUGUUGUGGUUUUCAUAUAAAGCGUUUGUUAUAAACAAGCAAGGGUAAAAAUCAUUUGAUAAUUGACGGUGGUAAAAGUUAAGUAUUUAGGCUUAAGAUGAUGACAUUGAAAGAUUACCACACAGAAUGCCCACUGCAGAGGAUAUUAAACUCACUUUUUCUUAAUUGUGUUCAAAGACCCCAAUUACCAGUGAUUGGAGACCUUGGGUUUCCUUAGGUAAGGUUGUACACGAUAAACGCUAAUCAGUUUUUGUGAAAACAGACAACUAAUUAAACAAAUGAUACCCAAAUCUCAUUGCUUUUGAGAAAAUUAAUUUUAACGUUUUGGUGAAUGACAUCUUGAUAACAGGACGUUGUCAGUUUUAAAUGAUGGAAAACCUUUUCUUUCAUUACAAUUUGAGAUUUAUUUUAAAGGCUUUUUUGACAUUACAGAAGUAGUUACAUAUGGACUAUGUACUUUUUAGACACAAUCCUAAAUGACUUUAAAGAAUGAAACAUAGCCAAUAGAACAGCAUACACAAUUCCAGGCUUUCAGAUAGCCACUAAAUCAGUUACUGUGUUGUCUUGUGGCUUAAUGGCUUUUAAAACAAGCACUGUAGUUUAUCAGUUAUUGCUGGCUUCUGUCUUCAAAACCACUUGCAUACUUUUUUUCUUGCAGGGCCGUACAACAGCUUUUUUGCUAUUGAGUUAUUUUUCUACUUAAGUGCAAUCCCAAGUAUAUGUGCAGUAUCAUGAGCUGUAUAUCUGCACUAGAAUAGAUCUUUAUGUACAGUGUCUUCAGAGUUCUAAAAUUCUCCACAAGUGUUUAUAGAAAAAUCAGUUCCUCACUUGAAACUGAACUCGAAAGGCAGUUUGAUUUGAGGUUCUGGUGUAGAUGAGUAAAGAACAGCAGCAGCAGUUCUGACCCUUUUAACUAUAUCCCUACCCUCUUAGAUAUUUGAUCUUUUUGCCUUUCCCCAGUUUGACACAUCUGACAUUGAUCAGUAACAGUUACGUUAAAGCACUAUUCAUACUACCCAUAACAACUCAGCAGAGACAGAAGGUAAAUAUUCAGUUAAGAAUCAUAACCCCACAUAGAAGAAUGGAGUUUUCUCAAAAUACAACAUGCACUUUAGUAAAAAAAAAACAAAAAAAAAAAAACUAUAGUUCAUAAUGAAUUGGUAGAAUUCAUAAUUGCAAAACAUAACUACUUUUCAGCGACUUAAUAGUGUGGAGUAAAAAGCCCUGUUUAUAAUGUUGGUCUCCUUUACUGUUCACCUGCUGACUGACAACGAUGGUAUCAAUUCAAGGCAUACAUUUUACCAGGCUAACGCUUAACACCUGAAUACAAAUUAAACAAUAAAUUGCUUUGGCCCCAGUGGAACAAAAAAUCUGGAAAGCGCUAAAAAGAAUUGCUAGAAUCUAGUUAAAUUCACACAACUGUCUUGGGUCAAGCUGCCAAUUUAAAUGAUGAAAAAGUAUGAGGAGUUUAAAAAGUCUAAACCCAACGCUCUUUCAUUAGACAAAGACCUUGUUGAUUGAUAUACAUAAAGCCUCAGCCUGCACCAUGGGCUUCUGGAGGACUUUCUUAGAUUUACAACACUGCAGUACUGGCAGAAAAGAAAAUAGAUUUUUCUAAUUUAAUAUUUUAACACCAAGGAAAUAAGAGUCGAAUGCCUUUUGGAGCGUUUGAUACUAACAGAACAGGACAGAUUUAUUAGCAUCAAUGAACACAAAUGAAUAUAUUUUAGUUGAAGCAUUUGCUAACUUUUCUAAGGGGUUGAUCUGAUUAACCUAUAGAGUGCCAGGAUAAACCACAGGAGUAUUUUACAGCAGUGGGGAACCACCCUAGAUUGUAUCCGUGAUUAUACACUAAAAACUAGGUGCUCAAUGAAAUCCAGGGACAUUCCGUGGUGCUGUAAAAUGCUCAAAUCAAAUCCAGAUGUGGUUUAUCCCGGUGGGGUACAGAUUGGUCAAAUGAACCCCUUUUCUGAAGUAUUACUAUAGGUUUUAUUAUUUGGUGUUUCAAGUCAUGGAUGAACCCGAGGGGGAAGUUUAUAAUAUUUUUUCAAGCAACUGGCACUUUGUGAGAAAAUGGGAAUUCCUUGUAAAACAUGUGUGUCUUUAAAACCAUGAAAAAAGCAGAAGGCUCAGUUAAAAAAAAAAAAAAAACACUUUAUAGUAAA